ACUCAUUGGUUUCCAAGCGCCUGUUGCCAUAGAACUACAGUGGAGAUAAACAUAACAUUACAACUAUGUCUGAUGGCCAGAAUGUGUUAGCUAGUUAGCUAGCAUAGCACUAAAGAAGUUUAACAUUUGUUCGGACAAUUGUGCUCUAAUCCAAUGGAAACAUAACACAAACGUUUUUUAAUGUAGGAUUAGGAAUGCAACAAAAUGACUUUAAUUGAAAGGAAUGUAACCCACAACUGUAAAUACACUGAUAGAUUCCCCGGCAUACCAACGGCAGGAAAAGUAAUACCUACAAGUGACAGAGCAAAAACCUGCUUACAGGAGAUAACACUAAGGCCAACUACCCCACCUGUGGUACGAAAAUUUCUUAACACCACCAGACCAGGUGUGGGAUCUAUCCGGGUAUUUCAUGGACGAGCCAACGAACCAGACAUUGCCAGCAAUAUUGUCCAUGGACUCUGCACUAAAACGUCUGCUUCAGGUGGAACAGUUAUCAACCCACCACCGAAGACCAUCUUCCAGCAGAAGUUACACCGGUUCCGUGAAGAUGUCUAUGCUACCAGACAGAAGGCUCCUCUGGGCAAGUCACAUGAUCAGAGACCUGGACUUCCUUAUGGCAUAAACACAGACAAAACAUUUGGCAUGAAAUUGUUUAAAGGCAUGGCAGCUGACGAGUUAAUCAACCCUCCUAAACCAUCACACCAAGUGGAGAGAGAAGCUCAAGAGGGACACAAUUCGUAUGUCCGUUCCCACAAUGCCUAUUUUGUUGGUGAGCGUGUUGACAGGAAUUACAAUUGGAGUCGCAUUAGCAAAGACAGUAGAUUUGGAGUAUCCACUCCGCACUACAACAAUGGACGCAAUGUCUUGAGAUCACUUAACUGGUCGUGUGACACAGCCAUGCAUCACAGUGCAAAGAUGGUUUCCAAGAUAUGUGAUGACUUCAGAGAAAAGACACAGUCACAAAUUGGAAAAGUGCAUGACCCGAUAGCAGACACCCUGAAAGUUCCACCAAAUCAUACAUUUGGAAUCUUGCUGCCCCCUGAUACUUUUGGUGCAGGUGACCUGAUCCACUCCGCUUCCCAAACUGAGUACCUCAGAGGCACAGACAGACAGCGUGCCCUCGUCAGUGCUGUGCGCCAGCACCUUAAGAAGGCCAACUUCCACAACUUUAACUCUUUGCUACAUGCCUUCAGACAUUAUGAUAAGAAAGGCCAGGGUAUGAUUGACAAAAAAGACCUCUGGGAUGUUUGUCGUCAGUUUAACCUGGACUUGAGUGGAACGGUACUGGACAGUCUGAUGGACUAUUGUGAUUUGGACAAAGAUGGACACAUAAACUUUCUUGAGUUUGCCAAUUUCCUAAACUGGAAAGACAAGAUGCCCAUCAACAAACUGGAGCAGCGUAUUAUAACCAGUGAGCGUCGAACCAGCACAGCUCCAGCCAACAUGCAGAGAAUUUCUUUCUCAGACCAAAAGGAACCUGCUGUGUCAAAGGCUCUGGUCAGACCUGAUGACCUGGAGCCAGCAGAGGUGACUAGCACACUCAAGACCCCCAAAACCCUGAGCCGUUCCAGGGAGGCCCAGGACCACUUCGUCAAGUCCAGCUCCACGAUUCAGGCAGUGGUGGGAAGUCACCCUCCAACUGACUACCGUCCGUAUGGGAUUCCUACUGUGCGUACUGAUCUGGCUGCCCCUCGGAUCAAGCGUGUUAGCGACCAUACGAACUACGGAGAUGGGGCCACAGCCUAUGAACUACUCUAUCCCACACUGCUCUCUCUCAGGGGAGUGUAUGAGGAACACUUAUUCUGCCCCCGCACCAAGGAAGAGAUUUCUAAGAUUUUCCAAAACGUGGGCUUGAGUAUUUCCAAGGAGACAUUUGAAGAAGCAUGGAAACUGGCGUCUAUGAGACACCCCACUGGAGAAGUUUGUGUGGAGAUCUUUCGGAAUGUUUUAAAGGAAAUUCCAUCAACUCAAAGCAUUGAGUAAAUGUAUUUAUAAAGUAUUUUUAUUUUAAGGGUAUAUAUUGUACUUUGUCAACUGGUAUACCAUUAAGUGUUCAAUGGAUUGUUUUGUUUUUUGUCUUUUAGACUGGUAAACAAUUGCUUAAAUGAUUAAUUAUCAGUUGAGUUUUUAAUUUCUGCCAGUGAGAAUAUUUGUAUCUGCUUGUCGAACCAUAAAGUGUUGAGCACAGUGUUGUCUAAGCCUUGGUCAUAUUUAUUUUG